UUGAUCCGUGAAGCUCGUCGUCACGGCUGACAGUCGGUGAUGGGAAUUACUUUACAUCCAUUAGCUGAAUCCUGUCUGUGGUAUUCUCUGUCAAUUUUCCAGUUUUGACGAGCGAGGAGAAAAGUGCAUGAGCUUUUAUUAAUAAGACUAGUUGUGAGAUUUUUUUUGGACCCCUAAAUUCCCUGACAUUUGAAAUCUUAUUUCUGUGCACCCCGAGUUAUAAAUUUACGGAUUACGCACCAUGAGACAAGGCAUACACUGUGCGGACUUCCACAGAUGACCAGGGGCUGCAGUUUUGUUUUCGUGGACUAGUUAGCCAUGCAGUCAGGUUACCCCAAACACCGCUGUUACGCCGACUCCACCCACCGCUCCUUCGGAGAAUUCAUCAAACUGAACAAUGCCUCAGCUCUCCGUCUGGCUCUUCUCGUGUCCGAUUUCGCUCGACAGAUGGCAGCAGUGUAUGAACAGUUUGCCAAAGACAUCCAGGCGAUAAUAGCAGCAUUCAAAUCAAAGUACAAUAACCUCAAAACCGACAGGCCAACAGACACACCAUCCUCUAUCCUGUCCGCCUGGGAAUGUCUUCUGCACGGGACGGAGAACGACGCUCAGGCUCACAUGGACGUGGCAGUUUUACUGAUGAAGAACGUCCACAAACCUCUAGAGGAAGUAGCCAUUCAUAAAAAGAACCAGACUCACAAACUCAAUAGUUACCGAGAUCAGUUCGAGGAGACGGUGGAUAAAGUGGAGCACGACCUGCAAGUCGCAGAGGAGAAUUACCAGAGUUCUGUGAAGGCUUACCAGACCAGCUCCAGUCACCAUGCCAAGCUGCAGUUCCUCGGUGCUCACAACGAAUACCUUUGUCAAUUGUGUGCUUCCAACCGGACGAUAGAGGAGUUCCAUUACCUCAUUCCACAGGUCUUAGAGGAACUGGAGGAGAUUUACAUAGACACCAGCAACACUGUCAACAUUGCAAUGGAGAGCCAUGCUUUGAUGUUGUUGACCAAGGCAGAUGAGCAGCAUCACAGGUUUAAGGAGAUGUUGAGGGUUUGUCGACAGGUCAACCCCCAGCUGGACAUCUCCUUCUUCAUGAAUGCCAUCAACACUGAGCCCACGAAGAUAGAACUCUGUACACACACCUUCAGACCCGCGGAAAUCAAUAUCUAUAACACGGAGAUGGUGACAGUGAACCACCUGAUCCUCGAGGCCCACACAGAACACGCCAUCCAGGAGCGGAGGCAGACACUACAGAAAGAUGCUGCGGUUCUCACCUCGUACAUCAAACACAACCAGGACAACAUUCACACUCUCAUGAUGAUAUGUCAGAGAAACUUAGCAAAUCAUCUCUAUUCAAAAGUGUAUGAAACUCAAGGGGAUAUGUGUUGCAAGAGAAAUGAAAUCCGGCUGGCAAAUUUGCAAUUAGCUGCCAUCCGAGCCCAGAUUGAGGUGCUAUCCCCCAAACAGAAUGGAUCAGUGGAGAACAUAGACCAGGACAGCAAAAAGUCCUCGGCCACCAUUAAAAGCAUGUGGAAGAAGGCCGUUAAGAACCUCAAGAGUACCUCUGACACCAAGCUGACCAAGAAAGGAAGUUUGAUAAAGAAGAAACAAAAUUCCCAGGAAGCUGAGGUGGAGGAGACUGUAGAAUCGGGGGAGAUUGACCCGGUUUACAGUCUACUAAAGUGUGCCGCUGACCUUCCCAAGGUCACCAAGCCCACCUGUGGUCUCCACCCUCAGUGUUCAGGCCACCACUCUAACUCCACUAAAGGGGACAGCAGUUCCAGCACCUCCAAGACAACAAGCCCCGCCUCCUCAGCCAGCCACAGUCCCAAAACUCGUCGAAAAAAGUUGAAUUCUCGCAUGAAAAGUUUUUCCUUGGACACGCCCGAACCAUCCAAGCACCUGUUGGCAAUUGACGAGACAACCAAGAAAAAGAGCAGUUCCUUUACUAACACAUGUUUUGGAGGUCCGAUUUCUCAGCUGACAGCUGCAGAAUCUGAUGGUUCAUCAAGCCCAGAUGAGAAGUAUGUAUUCUCAGCAGCCAAUCUGCGCAAGAAGUUUGCAAGUUCAUCAAAUCGAGCGAGUUCACUUGAAUUGGAAGAUAAAGUCAGUUACAGCCACUCACCAAAGGAUUCUCCUAAAAGCCAAAAGAAAUCAAAUACUCAGUUGUACGUUGUGUUGUACAAUUUCAAAGGAAAGGAAAAGGAUGACCUUGACCUCAGAGCUGGAUGGAGAGUGAGUGUUAUGGACAAAUCAGAUCCAGAUUGGUGGAAGGGUAAAUGUAAUGGUAAAGUUGGGUAUUUUCCUGCCACAUACCUGAUACCAAUCCAGACUGGACAGAGGGUUUUCCAGGUGGUUCACUCCAUGCAUCUGACGGAGGGUGGGAACGGCAUGAAACUCCACAAAGAACAGAUUGUGUUACAAAUAGGAGAUGAAGAGAUGGGUAUGGUGCACAUCCAAGCAGCCAACAAAAAGCAGGCCAUGUGUCCCCUCAAGUACCUCAAAGAGGUGUAAUGGGGAACAGCACAGGGCACAGACAAGCACUUAGACAGGAUGCACACUUGCUGAUGCCAGUGAUAAUUUGUUAUGUAAAAUAUGCUAUGUCCUGUAGCCAAAGAAAAUCCACAGUCAAAUAUUGCCAUACAUAUCAAGAAAGACAACUCUGUGUGUUGAUGUCUGUAGUCUGAAGAAUCAACACAUACUGGACCAGUGUAAACUAUGGAGGCCUAUGUAGGCAUAGACAGCACUGUUUGAUAAUCGAUCAAUAGCAACGAAGAAAUCUAAAACCACAAUUUUGUAAUUUAUAAACAGCAUUAUAAAUAUGUUCUGAUUUGGUGUUGCGUACCCUGAUGCUUACAGGAGACACUAUUGACUGAUUGCAGUCUGUGUGUCUAUGUGGGUGGAGUCACUCUCACUGAUCAAAUGGUCAGGUUAUUUUUAUUUUUUUGUACAUCACGUCUUUGUGAAACUUCAUAUUCAUCUCAGUAAGAAUUCAAGGACCAAGGUUCUGGCUGUGAAUAACAUGGGUGUUUCUUGAACACUUUUAUUGUUAAAUUCUAUAUUGUACAAUCAUAAGUACUCAAAGUAUAAAGUCAGUUAAAUUAGUUCACAGUCAUUUGCUGUUUAUGAGAUUACCUGAGUUGAAGGCUCAAGCAAACUCUCCUGACCAAAAUUAGCGCUUUUCUGACCAAAAUUAGCACUUCUCUGACCAAAAUUAGUCUGCUGUCAUCUGUAUUGGGCCAUUUAGUGCCAAUGAAUUUCAAGUCUUCUGUAAACUUUUCAUAUUUUCAUCUUCCUCUCAAGAACCAUUGGACAAGUUAAACAAAGUAUCACUGAAUAAAGAAGAUUCAGUUUACCCAAAAGGAAUUAAUACUUUCCAAGGGAAGUAACUAGGAACUAGUAAAAAUAGGAUUACAUGUACUGGAGGGUGUUUAAAGAAUCACUGAAUUGGAAAAACUGAUUCUUGCAUAAAAGUUUACAUAUUUGAAAAAAACUUGUUCAAACCAUGGUCGCCAGGAGUUCAAAGUUUAAAGUAGAUAUAGAUAAGAAAAUUGUUUAAAAUCAUCUCAAAAACCACAAGUAUCCAAGAAACGAUUCAUGUUCACUGAUUCUGUUCACACCAUGAUCCUCUGGUCCAGGGGAUGGCUACCAUAAGGGUUCAGAGUUCAACACUGGAAUAUUCUAUAUAUAUAUAUAUCUUGUAUAUAGGAAAGUUCUGUAAGAAUCACAAGUAUGAUAGAUCUAGUUAUAUAGUGCUGAUUCUAAUUUAAAUACUUAAUUACCUCCCAGGGCCAGCGUGGGGCUAAAUUAUAUUAGUAAAUUCAUUAGAAAAUAUUUUGAUGAAGGAAUUAGAUGUCUCUAUUUUGUCAUAUUCUUACGAAAAAUAUCCUCAUGAAGUGUAGACUCAAGUAUGGUUACACUUUGAACCCCAGGGUCAAGGUGGGACCCCAUUAGGGAUUUUACGUUUUACCUUGAUAGUUUGAAUAUAUGGGGAAAUUCUUUAAAAAUCCUCUUAAGCAACAACAAGGGUACAAUUUGUCUAAUUGAUAUGCAAGCGUCCUCGUGUAGUGUAGAAUCAAAUUUGUUCAAAACAUGACCCCUGGGCCAGGAUGGGGGUCACAAAAGGGGUUUAAAGUCUGAAACAUGUAAGAAUCUUGUUUUAAAAACAUCUCUUCAAGAGCCACAAGGAUGUAAUUAAGAUCAUGACACCUAGCCAGGAGCAGGGUAGGAUGUAAUUAAGGUCAUGACACCUAGCCAGGAGCAGGGCAUGGCCACAAAAGGGGACGUUUAAAUUUUACAUAGGGAAAACUAUAAUUCAGAUGAGCGAUGUGACCCAUGGGCCUCUUAUUUGGAAAUUACCAUUACAUUGUUUUAUAUAAUUGUUCAAAAUGAUGAAAUACAAUUAUGAAAUACAGUUUAUGUAAUUCUGAUACAACCAACACCCAGAAUAGUGUAUUUACAUUGCUGCAUAAAAAGUUAUAUAAAAUACAUCUUCUUCCAAAAUAAUUCACAUUUUCAAUAACACCCUGCUCACAAUUAUAGUGACAUAUUACAAUGAGCUUAAAUUAUGAUAUUUACAUUUAACAAUUAAUGUUGGUAAUAUACAUAAAUGUAUUUGCUUUUUUUUUUAAAUUACUCCACAACAAAAGCACUAUAAAUCUUGGAACUUGAUAUUUAUGAAUGGAUUCAAUUUAAAUUAUAAAUUAUAAAUACCUAGAUGUUAUCAGUUUGUAUUAUUAUGGGAACAUAAAGGCAAAAGGUAAUCUCUGCACAAUUCUGGGGUUUUUUCUCCAAAACGGGGAUUUAAAGUUUUACAAAUGAAGUGUAUAGGAAAAUUCUUUAAAAGUGUUCCUCAAGAGCCAUGGUAUCAAUUCAUCAAAAAUUAGUGUCGUGACCACUGGAGCAAAAGGGAGAUGGGGGGGGGGGGGGGGGGAGUGUAAUUAAAUGAGUAAUGCAUCUUUAUUUGAAUUGUCUUCUCUGUUUUAUUUUUAUUUAUUGAAACAUUUUUACCUUUUUUUCUGAAAUUUUGUAAUGUAUUGAAAAUUUUGUAUUUAUGAUUUUAAAACAUGAAUCCAGGAGGAAUUUGUAGAACAUGUCUGUUAAUGGUGAUUUUCAUAAUUUCACUUGAAGUACACAAGAAAUUUAUUAUCUAAAUAUAUCAAAUGUUUGUUAUACAUGUACAAACAUUUAGCAAUAGGAAACUAGACUUGGGGGAACAAGUUUGUGUGUUUACUUUAGAAAUUGAUAAAUGUUUUUGUUACAUGGUCUUUCAUAAUCCAAUGCAAAUUUGCAUUGGCAUUGAGAAUUAAUGAUAUUCAUGUACACAUAUUGUGGACCCCCUGUUUGUUGUGGGUACUGACUCUCAAUCAAUAACUUAAAUGUCUCUCUGCAUGAAAAAUGAUUCAGAUUCUUUUCAAAUCAUUCAAAUUAUCCUAAAACUAAAGUUUGAAUGAUUCAUAUUAUCUAAAAGUACUUUAUUCAUAUGAUAAACCUUUUUUGCCCACAAAAAUCAACAUGAUUGUGCUGUUGUUUCAAAAUUAAGUGUAUUAUGUGUAAGAAUCCCUUUGUAACUUAGUUGUGAUUUUAAAUGUGAUGAAAAUAAUGAAGAACUUGAAUGAUGACUUCAAAAACAUGUUUAGUUGCAAAUUGGAAAAUUGCAAGAAAUGAAUAAUAGUAUGUAUUUUAUGAUACACUUUGUACUGUGUGUGUACUUAUUCUAGCGUAUUUAACAUUUGGUGCAGACAGAGCUGCAUCUCCGCUAGCCAAGGGUUUCCUAUCCACUCCGCUUCUCUACAGCGGAGCAGAUCGUAAACCCUCGGCUAGCGGAGACGACAGAGUGGAUCGUAAACCCUCAGCUAGCGGAGAUGACGAGUGGAUCGUAAACCCUCGGCUAGCGGAGAUGACGGAGCGGAUCGUAAACCCUCGGUUAGCGGAGACGACAGAGUGGAUCGUAAACCCUCAGCUAGCGGAGACGACAGAGUGGAUUGUAAACCCUCGGCUAGCGGAGAUUACGGAGUGGAUCGUAAACCCUCGGCUAGCGGAGAUGAUGAGCGGAUUGUAAACCCUCGGCUAGCGGAGACGACAGAGUGGAUCGUAAACCCUCAGCUAGUAGAGAUUACGGAGCUGAUGCACUACUUCUAUUUAGCAUUAUCAUGAUUUAGUGUUUUCUAUGUAUGAGAAUGGAUAAAUAGAAAAUUCUAUAUUUUAGCACAACCCUGAAGUAUAGUGCUCUUGCUUUUUAUUCACUGCAAAAAGCAGCUAAAAUUUAAAUAUUACUAGACUAAAUACACAUACAGUACUGGGGGUGUUUCUGACAUUGGAGGGUCGAGUUACCGUCGGGUUGAUGAAGUGACCGUUGUUUUGUGCUAUGUACAGCUCAAAGAUUGCUGUUGAUGAUGAUCUGAGAUAUGAGAUGAGAUUUUGUAAAUGUGUUUUGUAAAUCAAAUAGCGUUUAUCCAGUGAAAAUGGAAUUUAGUUUUUGUGACUCCACGAAAGGAAAAUGUGGUACUGUAACAAGGGAAAGUGUAAUUGUCACACAGAACUAGGAUACUUUAUCCAAUGUCACAAAAGAUUAUUAUUCAUAUAUUUAUCCUGAUUUUGUCAAAUCUUACAAGAAUCUAAGUCUUCUAUACAAAGAUGAAAUUAUUCUAUUAUAUGUGAUUUUGGAUCUGAUGGGGUCCUGAAAUAUAUAUUUUUUCAAUUUCAUUGAGACUUCAGCAAACUGACUAUAAAUAUUACUCAGUGUUUCUCAAGUUUAGAUUUUAGCAGUAUUUGAUUCAAUAUUGACAACCACUUAUUCCACCUUUAUAACCCUAGUGUAGUAACACUGUAAGCACCGUCAAUAUGUCCAGAGUUAUGUACCCUUGGUAUAAGUAACAGCAUUCUAUUUAUCUGGCUUACCUCCCAUGACGAAGCUUUGUGUUGUGCAGGCAAAUAUGUGCCAAGAUUAUAGAACUAAAUAAAGUCAUUACGU